CAAUUUGAAUAUUUUGUCUCGAAAUUCAAGUAGACUCGGCUGAAAUAAUACAUGCUACCAGGGAUGAUAAUCCUAACGCUGAUGAACUCGCACCAGUUGCUCAAGCAUUGCAACAAUCACAUUCUGUUUCGCCUCAUGGACUACGCAUUCGUAGCGCUCCAGUUGCGCCAUGAGCUGGCCAAGAGGUCAACCAAACAGCGACCCUUUGUGCUCUGGCUAACGAACCUAUUGGUGACCUAUGCCGGCGAGAUAUUGGUCAAUAUGCUGCUGGGCACAUUGCCACUGAAACCGUUGAGCAACGUCCAGGAUAUACUGUUGUGUUCGGCUGCCUGGUAUCUAAUAUUCUACAGUCCCUUCGAUUGUGCUCAUUCCCUGGCUUGUUCUGUGUUGUUUCGACUGCUGGCUGCGCCUGUCACAGCCAUCAGUCAAAUUCUGCACAUCGAGCGGGGUGUGCAGCUGGCGGUAAAGAUGUAUGGCAACAAUGCCAUGGUGCCAAUACUGAUUGUUGGCACUGUGAUUGGCAGUGGCGCCGAGUUCCUAAAGCCGGUGGCUGCUUUGUUUAUCAAUCGCUGUCAGUUGAACAACGCUGCCUAUGUGAAACUGAGCACCAACUCGAAGGUGUCCCUAGGCAUCACCUGGCUCUUUUUGCUCCAGCUGAAUAAGAGCCGAUUGCUUUUGGGUCUGGGCAAGAAUCAGCUACAGUUAUAUGUACUAUUCAUGCUGAUGUGCUUCAAGUAUAUGGUAUUGUUUUACCGAAUAGAUCAUCUCAUUUGGAGAAUGGAGAAUCGAUUAAGCUAUGCCCUCUUUGGUGGUCACUAUACAGAUUUCAACAAGUUUUUCAAGCGACGUCCCAAGUCGUUUUAAAAAUUUAUUUGAAUCUGUAUAGAGAGCAAACAUGGAGCAAUGGCAAAGGCAUUGCGCAACCUGUGGGAGUCGAAAGAGCAGCAGAAGAUUGGGUGUAUCUACAGCUACUAAGCGGCUUAAGUUACCAACCCCCUACGAAUUCAGCAUGGCAAGCGAUGCGCAUUCAAUUGGCAGAUGUUUCGCUUCAUUUGCUUAUUGCACAGCUCGACAGCUCCGAUUACACAAGAGCGUGGCAGCAUCUAGCAGCAACCAGCAGCAUCUAGCAGUUAAGCGGCUUAGAAACAAUCUAAGUCGCAGGCGCGUGGAGCGGAAUGCAAAAAUGGUCUUAUAAUGUGCCCGUGUCCGUGUAUAUGUAUGUGAGUGUGUAUGUGUCUGUCGCUGUGUUUGUCUAUUGUAAGAGUAAUGGGAGAAUUGUGUUUGGAAAUAAAACAAAUCAGUGUUGAGUUUUUAUUAUA